UUCUUCAAACAAGUAAAUAAGAGUAUGCAACUUGGGGCAAUGUGCAGGAACAGGUGUUCUAAUGAUUUAAAAGCGGUAUGUAAUUAGUUUAAGCCGUCAGUGUCUGAAACGCGCCCUUAUAAACCUUUGUUUUGUUAGUCUUUGUUAAAAUUGUUUGGUGUUGUCUCGUUUAAUAGGAGUUGUGUUAGCAUAGUGCUAGCUAGCCCAUGUUAACCCACGUGUGAUUAGGGUACUGUAAAUUUCACAUACUUACUUCAAAUAAGUGAUAAUAUUAUGUAACUCUUUUACGAGACAACAUAUGUGAACAACGUGGAUAGAAAAUGUAACAACAAGUGAAGUUAGCCAUACAUUUGGCCGCUGUUUGAUCAAUGUUUGAUAGUGCUGCAGUGUGCCGUCUCGCCUUUGGGUGGCGCUGUGUAGCUGAAGCUCGCAGGUUUUACUAUGGACUCUGUUAAAAGAAUUGAAGAUGAGGAUGGUGAAGAGGAGGGGAUAAAACAUGAGAGUUUCUUUGUUGAGGACUCCUGCAGUUCAGAAGAACAAGAGGGGGAGAUAAAGUUGAAUCAGCAGAAACAUGACAAUAAACGAGCUGCUAGACUCAGCAGAGGAAGGUCUCCUCCUCUUCUCCUCGCCUUCUCCAUCACCUCUGGACGGGAUAAACAGGAGGACAACAGCACAGACUGUAGCCCGUCCUCCACUUUGGACUUAAAGGAGCAGGAAGAUGAGGACUGGGACCAGCCGAUCGAGGAGUGGAUGAUCCUGGGAGAAGAAGAGCAGGAGGGAGAUUCGUGCAUUCAGCUCAACUUGAGCUGUUGGAGCAGCAGCGAUGAAGAUGACUCUGGAGAUGAAGACCCAAAUGUGAAAGCACAAGAUACCUGGGCAGUGUCAGACAAAGACAAAGGCUGUGCUGAUACGUCUCUGCCCUGUCGUUAUUAUGCAUUUGGACAUUCUCUGAUCUGCCACAUCUGUAACAGGACAGGUCACCAAGCAAAGAGUUGCCCUAUAUACAAGAAAUGUCCGACCUGUGUCCUUUGUGGGGUUCGGGGCCACAACCAAAGGGAAUGUCUGAGCCGCCCCUGCCCUAGAUGUGGACGGCCAUCACACAGCCUCAGGCCCUGUGAAAAGCCCCCAGUGUGGAACCAGCACUGCCAGCGCUGUGGGAUGACAGGACACCUCUCUGAUGUGAGUUUUUCCAUGAUCCCCCAGACCUGCCCAGACACUUGGAGACAGUACCACCAAACGAUCAGGUUAGAGGUUCCCCUCAGGCUGCAGCCAGUCCAAACCUCCAUACGUAAAAAACGCCCAGCUCAUUGUUACAACUGCUCUAAGAGGGGCCAUUAUGGCUAUGAGUGCACUAAGAGGAGGAUGGUCAGUGGGACAUUUCCCUCCCUGCCCUAUGUUUACCACUACGACAGCAUGGAGGAAUUCCUCCAGCUCAACACCAGGAUGCAGAACAGAGCCACAGAGCAUGUAUGUGCUGGAUCACUGCCUUUCCCUGAGCAGCAGCACAUGUCUGAGCCACUUAGGGACAGUGGUGAGGAGAAUCAGCUUGUCCAGAGAAGUAGGAUGAAGCAGGACCCACACGGCCGAGCCUGUAGGAGAAAGACGUGGCCAGAACGACGCAGAGAGAGACAGGAGGUGAAGAGGCUGAGGAGGGAGGCCCAGGCCAGGAGAGAGGGAGGAGGACUGGGUCAGCCUCGGUGCAACUCUGAUGAUGAAAGCUCCUAUGCAGAUCCUUUUAGGUCCAACGGUCAGAAGCGGUCUGCAUCUCCACCGAAGAAGAAGAGGAAGGAGGGGGCGGGUGGCCAAAGCAGAAAAAGCAGAGAGGCUGAAAGGUGGAAGAAGAGAAGAGGAAUGAAACGUGGGGAUUUGCAUCCCUAUGGUGGACUAGAUAUUGGGAGUGAAAACCUUCUCUCUCCAAAGCAAAGAGUACGUCACAGAAGAAGAUAAAAGAUUUUUGUAAAUGUUAAAGUAGUGAGCGAUGACUGUUUUGGUUUUUAGUAUAUUGAUGUGUAUUUAAAGUUUAUAGAAAGGAGCAGAUGCAUGCACAAAAAGUACAUGAUGCUCUUUCUUUAAGUUAACAUUUAUAGAUGUGCUUUUAUCAUUUUACAUGAAUUAGUCUAAUACUUUUAUGCUGGCUGGGCCAAAUCUGUAAGAACAAAACAGUUUAAAUGGUGCUUUUUAUUAUUAAUUGUAAAUUAUACCUGUAUUUUUUUUAUUGUGUAUGUGUAUACAGUUAUGAAGGUUUCUGUACAUCUCACAUGUAAUGUUAUUGUUGAACUUAGAUGGCAUUUUCUGUCGUUAAAAUACUUGAAAAUCCUAUUGGGACAAUGACUAGAUCGCCUGCUGUGACAAAUGUAAAAAAAUAUAUAUUGUAAACACGACGACGGACGUAUUUUUAAACCAGCUUGUGUCUUAUUUAUGUUAAAAAUGGAGGGUGCAUGUCAGGUUUGAUACUUGGAAAUACAUGAGAUUAGUUAUUGUUCGUGUAGUGCAAGUGAGGAGCAGAAAAGCUGUGUGGAAUCAGC